AUGGAUUUUAAACAGCAGAACAGGUCGCUCAACGACCUAAAGGAGCAGCUUCGUCGUUUAACCGACGAGAACUUACAGUUAAGGGAUCAAAAUGAGCGCUUGCUUGGUAGAGUGGAUUCGCUGCAGAGAAAAUUGGAACAGCUAGCCGGCUCCAAAACCGACCUGUCUGGAAAACUGGUGCUGAGCGAACAGGAGAAACUUAGGAUCUCUAAGGAACUGGUCGAGCUGCAGAUCGCAGCCAAUAAAGAGCGGGAGCGCUAUGAGGCAGAGACGUUUGAACUCAAAACCAAGGUGUUGUCAGAGGAUGGUGUGGUCUUGUCUCUGGAGGCUGAGUGUGACAGACUGAGGCAGGAGGUCAAGGCGGCUGCCGCUCGGUUACAGGUCUCUGUGGAUGACCAGCGUGAGCUGGAGGAUGAGUAUGCUGCUUUAAAGAGGAACUUCCUGUGUGUGUGUGACGCGCAUGAACGAGAGGUGACUAAUACACAGGAACUGAGUGCAGAGUUACUGGACCUUGCACACGCUCACGACACUCUCCUGAGGGAGAGAGAGCGCAUGCACACACACGCACUGGAGGUGGAGAGAGUCCGCCAGCUCGUCAGCAGAGUGUCUGAAAAGAGAAUCAGGCCAGAGGAACUGACACAUCAUGACCAAACCGUGAGAAAAAAUCUGCAGGACGGUUUGAGAGAGGAACUGGAGAGAAUGAGACGGAGUCAUGAAGAACAGCAACGCAGACUGGAGACCAGAAUUGUGGCUAUGGGCAAAGAGCAGCAGGAGAACAAGCGAGAGAUACACAGCACACAGCACCAGCUCUCACAGCAGUCUGUAGCUUUAAUAAACUCUGAGGUUCAGUUAAAGGAGCUGGAGUCUGAGAACAAUAAACUACAAAAUCACCUUAAACAGCUGAACCAGGAAUACAGAGCACGUCUUACACACUACAUACAGGACAUUACUCAGCAUGUGUGUUCAGUGAACCAGAGUAAAGGGAGGAAGUUGAGAGAGUUUGUGGAUUCGAUGUUGGAGGAAGUCCGAGCGUCCUACCGGUCCAGAGAGCAACAGCUCACGUCUGCAGUGAGAAUGUACCGCAGACGUGUUCACACCCUGACACACGCAUACCAGGGCCUGCUCUCUGUCCACAGAAUGCCACGGGAGCAGGUGAUAGCACAGACUGAGCGUGUUCUUAACCCAGACACACCUGAGGCCGGCUUCAGCUCAGGAGGGGCGGGGCUAAAACUACAGAAACUACAGAGAGAGGACAAAGAACGACUAGAGAGACAACUAAUACACUCGGAGGAACAGGUGUGUGUGCUUGCUACAUUGUCCUCCAGACUGAAUCAACAUGAGAACAUGGGAUUAAUUGUGGGUGGAGCUGUGAUCACAAUGGUUGUUUAUUGUGGUUACAGCACUGGACUUAGCGAUGAGGCCUGGAAUGGUAUCCUUAAACAGCUGACAGAGAUAAUUAACACCACACAGGAGGGACUGGAGAGGGAAAGGGCACAGCUUAUUACCAGGGCAACGGUUGCUGAGGAACAGGUGUCUGAACUGCAGGAGUACAUAGACAAUCACCUGGGCAGGUAUAAGCUGGAAGUAACCCGGUUACGGAGGAUGCUGGGAAUGAAUGCAGGGCGAACACAGAGCGCAGGGCUGCCAAAGCCCCGCCCCCUCCACAGACCAAUCCAAAAGACCAGUUAUGAAAUCUAA